UAAAUGCCUCACUCUCUCGGCUAGAUUAACCAAACAUGGUAAUUAACAUACGUACAUGCAGUGAUUAUAAAACUCCUGUUCAUAUUUCGUUUAAUAAUAGCUCAAUGAAUACAUGUACAGCAGUUUUGUUACAAGCCGACAAGUUUUCCGAUACAUGAAGUUGUGAAUUUUUCAUAAAUACACGUGGAUCCAUAAAUGAUGUUAAUACAUUAUUUACAGUUCAUUCAAUAACCGCAUGAGGGCCAAUAAACUGGUGAUAAAUAUAACAUUCUCUUAAAAGUAUUAUAUAAAGUGAUUAGAACGGAUUUGGAGUUCAUUAUUUCAGGUACUGUAAGUAUGGGUUUGACUCCCGAGAAAAUCGCUGCUGGAGUACUACUGGUGUGUCGGUUGGAUUCAUUCCCGGUUUUCUGUGGGUAUAUGUUGAUGAUUUUUCUGGCUGGGCAAUGGAAGAAAUUUACCAAACCGCUUGGACUUAGACCUAUUUUAGUGGUGUACAACUUCACAGCUAGUGCUAUCAGCUUCUACACAAUAUACGGAUUUUGUCACGGACUGUACCAUGCGCAAUCAUCGUUUGAAGCACGUUCGUUCGAGCCGCUAGUGCCUGUAUUUAAAAUAUAUUGGUUCAUGAAAAUAUUCGAACUCCUGGACACAGUAUUCAUGGUUUUACGACAUAAACAGCGCCAGAUUUCUUUUUUACAUAUAUAUCAUCAUGGAAGUAUGUUAAUUCUCAGUGACAUUGCCUACAACUUUUACCCAUAUCCAGCUUUCGCGCCUUAUUUGGCGCUAAAUUCCGCGGUGCACGUGCUGUUGUACUUUUAUUACGGGUUAAGCGCAAUGUAUCCCGAUAAUCCACCUAGAUGGAAGAAAUUUUUGACUCAGUUUCAAAUUAUUCAGUUUAUUUUAGACUUGUUUCAUGCAGGUAUAGGUUAUAUGUAUUACAACUAUUGUAUUUAUGGAAUCCUUUACGGAUUAACAAUGGUUUCAUUAUUCUCGAAUUUCUAUUAUACGGCAUAUGUUAAGAAACGGGUACCAACGGCCAAACCGGAAACAAAUGGAACCACCGAGGCAAAUGGUGUUACCAAUGGUGAUAUAUUAAGGGGAGACUAGGAACACAUCAGGAAUCUCUUGCAUCUUUUAUACCGAUAUUUAUAAAUUUUGUUUUAUUUGAUAAAGUUUUGUAUUUGUACUUUUAAAAAAAAAAUAAUUGUAGACUAUU